AGGUAAUAAAUAAAAGCAAAAGGUCCCCCCUCAUCAUAUUCAAUUCGUCCACUUCUUUUCACAUAAACCCUAAAUCAAUCGCAAAAUUUACCCUAAUUUCAUCUCUCAAAACAAAAAACAUACCUUAAAAUAUAUAUAAAAAAAGAAAAGCGUACUCAACAAGCUAAAUCAACAUCACAUUGGCGGGAUUUUUUCAAAAACCCUAAAUCUUUUUCCACCGCAAUCCGACAAAUAUACGAGCGAAAUUCGAAAAAUUUAAAACCCUAAUCCCCAAAUUUCAUUUCAAACUCGCGCCUCUUCUUUUCUAUAUAGUGUGAAAUAAGUUACCCAAUUUUCUCCUGUGAACACCAACUGUUCGACGAAAUUCAUCUCAGAAAAACUCCCACCCAAAAAAAAAAGUGUCAAACAUGUAUGUGGUAAAAAGAGAUGGUCGUCAAGAGACAGUGCAUUUCGAUAAAAUCACUGCUAGAUUGAAGAAAUUAAGUUAUGGUCUUAGUACUGAGCAUUGUGACCCUGUUCUUGUUUCUCAGAAAGUUUGUGCUGGUGUUUAUAAAGGUGUUACUACUAGUUUACUUGAUGAAUUAGCUGCAGAAACUGCUGCUGCUAUGACUGCUAAUCACCCUGAUUAUGCAUCGUUGGCUGCAAGGAUUGUCGUUUCGAAUCUGCAUAAGAAUACCAGGAAGUCGUUUUCUGAGACGAUAAAAGAGAUGUAUACUCAUUAUAAUGAGAGAUCUGGAUUGAAGGCUCCUUUAGUUGCUGAUGAUGUUUAUGAUAUCAUCAUGAAGCAUGCUUCUCAGCUGGAUAGUGAGAUAAUAUAUGACAGAGACUUUGACUAUGAUUACUUUGGUUUCAAAACCCUUGAGAGAUCAUAUCUCUUGAAGGUGAGAGGAAAAGUUGUGGAGAGACCACAACACAUGCUGAUGAGGGUUGCUGUCGGGAUCCAUAAGGAUGAUAUCGAGUCGGCUAUCAAAACCUACCACUUCAUGUCUCAGAGGUGGUUCACACAUGCUUCUCCAACCCUCUUCAAUGCUGGCACACCAAGGCCCCAAUUAAGCAGCUGCUUCCUCAUCUGUAUGAAAGAUGAUAGCAUUGAAGGAAUAUAUGAUACUCUGAAGGAGUGUGCUGUUAUCAGUAAAUCUGCUGGAGGUAUUGGUGUCUCUGUUCACAAUAUCCGUGCCACUGGAAGUUAUAUACGUGGUACAAAUGGGACAUCGAAUGGCAUUGUCCCAAUGCUGCGGGUGUUCAAUGAUACAGCACGAUAUGUUGACCAAGGAGGAGGGAAGCGAAAAGGUGCUUUUGCAAUAUACCUUGAACCCUGGCAUGCUGAUGUGUUUGAGUUCCUAGAUUUGAGGAAGAAUCAUGGGAAGGAAGAGCAGCGUGCUCGAGAUCUUUUUUUUGCUCUCUGGGUACCUGAUCUUUUCAUGGAAAGAGUUCAAAGUAAUGGGCAAUGGUCCUUGUUCUGUCCUAAUGAAUCUCCAGGUCUUGCUGAUUGCUGGGGUAAAGAAUUUGAGAACCUCUACACCAAAUAUGAAAGAGAGGGCAAGGCAAAGAAGGUAGUUCAGGCACAAAACCUGUGGUUUGAGAUAUUGAAAUCUCAAAUAGAAACAGGGACACCUUAUAUGCUGUUUAAGGAUUCCUGUAACCGGAAGAGCAAUCAGCAGAACCUUGGUACAAUUAAGUCUUCAAAUUUGUGUACUGAGAUUAUUGAGUACACCAGUCCAACAGAAACUGCUGUGUGUAAUCUGGCGUCUAUUGCUCUUCCCCGAUAUGUGAGGGAGAAGGGGGUGCCUUCUGAGUCACAGCCUUCUAAACUUGUUGGAAGCUUGGGUUCUAAAAAUCGAUAUUUUGACUUUGAUAAACUUGCUGAGGUGGUUGAUGUGGUUACCACAAACCUAAACAAAAUAAUUGAUGUAAACUUUUACCCUGUUGAAACUGCAAAAAGAUCAAACAUGAGACAUCGGCCAAUUGGAAUUGGAGUCCAAGGCCUUGCAGAUACUUUCAUCUUGCUUGGCAUGCCUUUUGACUCGCUAGAGGCUCAGCAGUUGAACAAAGACAUUUUUGAGACUAUAUACUACCAUGCUCUUAAGACUUCUUGUAAUUUGGCUGCCAAAGAGGGCCCCUAUGAGACAUACCCGGGUUCCCCUGUCAGCAAGGGAAUUCUUCAACCAGACAUGUGGGGUGUUACCCCGUCGGACAGGUGGGAUUGGGGUGCUCUUAGGGAAAUGAUAGUGAAGAAUGGUGUUAGAAAUUCACUUCUUGUGGCUCCUAUGCCAACUGCAUCAACAAGUCAGAUUCUCGGAAAUAAUGAAUGCUUUGAACCUUACACUUCCAACAUCUACAGUCGAAGAGUUCUAAGUGGUGAAUUUGUUGUGGUGAACAAACAUCUUCUACAUGAUCUGACUGAGAUGGGUCUUUGGACUCCUACUUUGAAGAAUCAGAUAAUAUAUGAAGAUGGUUCUGUUCAGAAGAUUUCUGAGAUUCCAGCAGAUCUGAAAGAGAUUUACAAGACUGUCUGGGAGAUAAAACAACGAACACUCGUUGAUAUGGCUGUCGACCGUGGAAGUUUCAUAGAUCAAAGCCAAAGCCUAAAUAUUCAUAUGGAACAACCCAAUUUCGGAAAACUAACUUCUCUGCACUUCCAUGCAUGGUCUAAGGGUUUGAAGACCGGCAUGUACUAUUUAAGAACACGAGCAGCUGCUGAUGCUAUCAAAUUUACAGUGGAUACUUCCUUGCUUAAGGACUCAAGCAAGACACCUAUGGCUGCAGAUGACAAUGCAAAACUGGCGCAAAUGGUUUGUUCACUAACAAAUCGCGAAGAUUGCAUGGCGUGUGGAAGCUAAGAAGUAUCGGUAGUAUUUCCUUUUCAUCUAGUGGCAUAAUAAUCACUUUAGGUGAUAUUUGGUGCUUGUUUGAGAGAUACAUGUAUAUUUGCUUGCAAGAAUCUGGUGAAAACAAUUGCAACUCUGUAGCUGGGCGAUUGUAUAUAAAGUAGAUUUGAGUAUGACUAUUGUUCUUGCACUUACACUACUUGAUAAUAUAUCUAUAUACUUAUAUAUAAUGGAAGGGAUGAAAAAGCUUGUGGCUUUCUCAUCUUUACUCGUCAA